AUGCCCCUUGAGAAGAUGAAAGAUCUCCAACUGAAAGAAGAGUCCCUAAAUCCAGAAACCAAUGAAAUCAAUGGGAUUCUCAUGACCAAGAUGAUAAGUGACCACUGGGACAAAAUUUGGAAUUUCCAAGCUAAGCCUGAUGAUCUGCUCAUUGCAACAUAUGCAAAAGCAGGUACAACCUGGACGCUAGAGAUUGUGGAUAUGAUCCAAAAUGAUGGGGAUAUAAAGAAGUGCCAACGAGCUAACACCUUUGAUAGGCAUCCUUUUCUUGAGUGGACUCUGCCUCCACCUCUCAAUUCUGGUCUGGAUCUAGCUAUUAAAAUGCCUUCUCCAAGAACACUGAAAACACAUCUCCCUGUCCAGAUGUUACCACCAUUCUUCUGGGAACAAAAUUCAAAGAUAAUCUACAUCGCAAGAAAUGCAAAAGAUUGCCUGGUAUCUUAUUACCAUUUCUCAAGAAUGCAUAAAAUGCUACCUGACCCAGGUACCUUGGAAGAAUACAUUGAGAAAUUCAUGAAUGGGAGAGUGCUCUGGGGUUCCUGGUAUGAUCAUGUGAAAGGAUGGUGGGAUGCAAAAGAAAAACACCCCAUUCUUUAUCUGUUCUAUGAAGACAUGAAAGAGAACCCAAAGCAGGAAAUCCAGAAGAUGUUAAAGUUUCUGGAAAAGGACUUAUCAGAGGAAAUCCUCAACAAGAUCAUUUAUCACACCUCUUUUGAUAUCAUGAAGCAAAAUCCUAUGGCAAACCAUACUACUCAGCCUUCAAGCAUAAUGGAUCACUCCAUUUCCCCAUUCAUGAGGAAAGGAAUUCCAGGGGACUGGAAGAACCAUUUUACUGUUGCCCAGAAUGAGAAAUUUGAUGAAGACUACAAGAAGAAGAUGGCAGGAACCACUUUGACUUUUCGCACAGAGAUCUAAGGGAGGAAAUGGUGGAAACUCACCUAAAAUUUUUUCCCUGGAUUUUUUCCCCGAUUAAACCUCA